AUGUCCUCACGACACUCCCGACGCUCACAUGGUGGGCAAAGUUCUAGUUCAAGUGGUUCUCGUCGAAUACAAAGCACGGCCCAGCUGAUUGAAACCCUCAACACCCAUCGAGUCAACACACUUACAGAGCUCUGCCGCAUCGAGAGCGCAGCCGCCACCGCAUCCGCCGAGGACCAACUCGCCUUCCAAGUGCCCAUGACCCAAGCCUGGACAUACUAUGUCAACUCCCACAACCUUCUUAACGAGCUGCGAGGUCUCACCCGAAACUACCCCUUCAGCAACGCUCUCCUAGACGACGCAAAGUGGCGAGUCAGCAACGACCCGGCGAGCAACCGCAGCUGGAACUAUGCUUGGCUAGUCCUGGUCAAGAUCCGUGACGAUCAGAUGAUCGAAUCUUACGCGGUGAGCGAAGCUGCGAAACCUGAGAUGUGGGGAGGAAGGGACCCGGAAGAAGAUGAGGCCGAGCAACUUACAGCCUGCUUCGUGAGUGAGUGGAACGCAGCCUUGGAGCGGAUGCUGAGACACUGGGAGACACCCCCCACCACCACAGGCUAUUGAAGUUCUCAAUCAAGCCUCGAUAUCCACUCUGGUGAUACCUUUUCAUUCUGUUUUAUUGCCGCG